AUGAUCAUCUUGCCAAAUCCUCAGUGCCUAACAGCUGCUUCAUCUCGUCGUGAUGGCCUAUUUUUACCCUUAACCUCAACAGCCUUAAGAGCGCCGCAAGACGAUACGGGCGAUAUAGACGACGCGGGCGAUACGGGCGAUACGGGCGAUACGGGCGAUACGGGUGAUAUGGGCGAUACGAUAGGUGUUAUUAUCGCAGAUUCAGGGGCUAGAACAACGCAUCAACAAGUCAACCGCCGCCGCCACCGCCAGCUUCGCUCUAGCCGCCGGCUUCGAAUUUAUCAAUUCUAG